AUGUAUUCGUUAUUCGUUUCGUUUGUGCUUUUCAGCGUGGCUUGGGGCUUGAGGUUCGAGCAGCAGCACAUCGGCUAUAAUCUUAACGAGAACGAAACCGCGGUCGAACCGAAGGAUUAUUGGGGCAAAUGGGACAAUCACACCUUUCAGCCUUCGCCAUCAAAUUGGCGCAUGCCUACCUUUGUCCUCACCAUUGACAGAUUCAUCGAUGGCAACCCUACGAACAAUAAUGCUAAUGAAAGCGUCUUCGAGUCGGAUUGGAUGGCCAAUCAGUUCCGGUUUGGAGGAGACACUGCUGGUCUAUAUGACAGCUUGGACUAUCUGGAAGGCAUGGGCAUCAAGACGAUUUAUUUUACCGGGUCAAUGAUGUUGAAUAUGCCGUGGUCCCCGGAUGGAUACGGUCCUCUCGACUUCACACUGCUCGAUAGGCAUCAUGGCAACAUCGAAGAGUGGAGGGAUGUCAUCUCCGAAAUACAUCGCCGCGGCAUGUAUGUGAUUUUUGAUAACACUGUCUCGACCAUGACCGAUCUCCUUGCGUACGGCAAUGGUUUUACGAAUAAGACUGCCGAGUUCAGGUUUUCUGAAUACGAUUAUCUCUGGAAGGGCCCAGAGAGAUACCACGACUUCGUUCCUGGAAACGAGUGGAACGCGAGCUGCGAAUAUCCAAGAAUAUGGGAACAAAAUGGCUGGCCUCUCCCGAAGAAUGUCAGUGACGCUUUCCACGGGUGCCGCGCCAGUGAGUUCGAUAUGUACGGAGACAUCAAGGGAACCGGUUCAUACCCCAGCUACGUCAACCAGCUCUCUCGAUUUGCCUCGGUUCAGGAUCGUCUUCGAGAAUGGAUGCCUUCGGUCCUCGAAAAGAUCAACAGGAUGUCUUGUCUACAGAUUACAAUGCUUGACAUUGACGGCUUCCGUAUCGACAAAGCGGUACAGGUCACUAUCGACGCACAGGCAGACUUCUCCGACUAUCAGCGCCAGUGCGCCCGGUCAGUUGGCAAAGACAACUUCAUUAUAGUUGGCGAGCUUGUGGCCGACCCAAAGCUUGCUUCGAUCUAUUUUGGUCGUGGUAAAGAGCCUGAUCAGGAGCAUCUUACCGAGCUUGAAUCUAUCACUAGCAACGGAGACACGGAUCCAAGCAAAUAUGUUCGGCCCCUCAACAAGGUUGCUCUUGACGGUGCGGCAUUCCACUAUGAUGUGUAUGGCUCACUCACUCGUUUCCUUGGCCUUGACGGACCUUGGGGCAUGCUCGGUGUCGAUUGGGCAGCCAUCUGGAACCACUUUUUGCUCACUCAGGAUAUGGUAAACGCAAACACUGGGGAAUUUGAUCCACGACAUAUGUUUGGUACUACCAACCAGGAUGUUUUCCGCUGGCCCGCCCUUGCAGACGGUACGUCGAGGCAACUUCUUGGCUUGUUUGUCACCACGUUGGAGCUUCCUGGAGCACCUAUGAUGUUCUACGGAGAGGAACAGGAAUACUACCUUAUUGAGAGUCUUGCGCCAGAUUAUGUCUACGGUCGCACGCCUUAUGGAUCCAGCAGGGCAUGGCAAUUGCAUGGCUGCUACGACCUGGGCGAAGAACUGUAUGUCGACAUGCCGUUCAACUCUUCCAAAUACGGCUGCUAUGAUGACAAAGUUGGUCUCGAUCAUCGGGACGCUUCUCACCCUCUUCGAAAUCUCUUCAAGCGCAUGUUUGAGCUCCGAGACCACUAUCCGACCCUCAACGAUGGCUUUAACCUUACGACUCUCGCCACCUGGACGCGUGACGUCUAUCUCCGUGGAAGCCAAGGCAUGCCUUCACCCACAGGUCUAUGGAGCGUCUAUCGAGGCCGCAGCGAGGCGGUCCAGGACUUUGACGGCCAGGAAUUUGGCAAUCUGGGUGUCUGGCUGCUUUUCCACAACGACAACACGACCAUUACUUACAAAGCGGAUUGCUCCAGCCUCAAAAGUGUGAACGGCUCUAUUCUGUCUCCUUACGAUGCAAACACAACGGUCCGCAACCUCUUCUAUCCUUACGAAGAGUACACACUCGAGACGUCAAGAUUCGUCAUUGGUAUCGAAGGCUCUGAUGAGGUCAAUGGCUGCCUGCCGUCCGUGGAGCUGGAGCCAUGGGGUUUCAAGGCUCUCGUGCCUGCAGAUAAGUGGCUCGAACCGAACCCUGUGAUUACGCGCGUUCUUCCUCAUCACGAUGAGAGGCUGGCGUCGACAGUUGCUUACGACGACACCGAGGUUGUGCCUAUCGAGAUCCGGUUCUCCCAAGAGAUGGACUGCAAUAGCGUGGUUGAUGGCCUUGUGAUCAAUUCUACCGCGCAAGGAGGCAAGGCGGCAGAGCUUGACCCAGACAGUGUUCGCUGUGGACCCCUCGAUGAUGACGUGCCAAGUCAAGUAGGAUACGUCCCGACAGCUUGGUCAUUCCGUGCAAACCUCCGAAAUGUUGCGAACGGUGUCCAUACAUACACGGUAACCAAUGCGACCAAUGCCGACAGAACUGGUUCGACAAACGCGAAGGACAAGUUCAUGUUCCGCAUUGGUGCGAGCGACAACCCUAUGGUCUUCCCUCUGACGUCCAAUUAUACUGCUGGUCUCUUGCAGAAAGAUGUUGAUGGGCAAAUGAGCGUGAAACCACGUGCAGCAGGUGCGGACAUGCUGAGAUACUCCACCAAUUGGGGUUCCAGCUGGAGUAGCUGGCAGAAGUAUACUGACGAAGAAAUCACCGUUAUUCCUCAAAAGUGGUCAGGCACCAAACGACAGGCCUGGACGGGCGACCAUGUUACUCUCCAGUACUGGGGCAGGGCCGCCGGCAGCAGUCAUCAUGUUCAACAUAGCGAUCUUGGCUCGACCCUUGAACGCAGGUGGCCGCAUGCGUUUGUUCACGGAAUCUGGAACCAGUGGGGCUUCGACAAAGGUCUCGAUAACCAGAUGAAGUUGGCCGAUAACUCUUCGUGGACUUUCGACCUCUACUCUGAAUAUCCGACCGAUUUCAUCAUCAACGUGUGGGGAAUGAACCCAGAUGGCAAUCCUGACAAGUCGGCAGCGUUUGGCGACAUUGACCGAAACUUUGUGCUUGACUGGCUGCAGCCGACCACGAUUGCCAGGAAUGUCAUCAACGUCUCUACAGUCCCGGUGGGCGGCAUUGGCUAUCGUAUUCUAGUGAAUGAUGGCAAUUACAGCUUCGGCUACACUCCGGUGGGAUCAGUUGCUGCCCAAGCAGUCGCAAUGGUCCUACUCUGUCUGAUCCCUGUGGCUUCCGGCAUUCUUGGGGCAUGGGCAUUCGCCAAAGUGUUCUAUGGCGUCAAGUUCAACAAAUUCGGAACGGCCAAUGCUCCUGCGAAGAAAUUGUUCGAUACGUUCAAGUCUCUGAAGCCUUCCCGGAAAAUCGAGAGCCAGGAGCUAGCCCGUAUAUUUGGGAAAAGCCUGCCCCAGCAACCCGCCGGCUACAACUAUGAGCUUGCUACCGCAACGCCUCAGAAGUCCGUUCUCAUCGCGACAAUUGAAUAUGAGAUAGAAGAUUGGAAAGUUAAGGUCAAGAUCGGUGGGUUGGGAGCCAUGGCUUCCCUGAUGGCCAAGACCAUCCACGACAGACAAUUGUUCUGGGUCGUCCCUUGUAUGGGUGGCAUAAACUACCCAACAGAUGAGAGUACCGAGAGUGAGCCUUUCCGAGUGGUUGUCCUCGGCGUGGAAUACCGUGUCCAUGUCCACUGCUACACGACCAAGAACGUCACCUACAUUCUAUUGGACGCUCCGGUCUUCAGGGCCAGGAAAGCCGCCGAGCCAUACCCCCCUCGCAUGGACGACUUUGAGAGCGCUGUCUACUACUCGACCUGGAAUCAGUCCAUCGCGGCCGCCAUCAAACGCUUUAACCCAAGCAUCUAUCACAUCAACGACUACCACGGUGCAGUGGCACCUCUCUACUUAUUGCCCGAUCCAGUGCCCUGCUGCUUGUCACUUCACAAUGCUGAAUUCCAAGGGCUAUGGUCUCUUAAGGAUGAGAAAGACAUACAACAUAUGUGUGGAACGUUCAAUCUGGGCAAGGAUGUUGUGAACAAGUACAUCCGAUUUGGAGACGUUUUUAAUCUGCUGCACGCUGGCGUGAGCUACUUGCGCGAGCACCAAAGCGGAUUCGGUGCUGUGGGCGUUUCCGACAAAUACUCCAAACGGACACUUCAGAGAUAUCCCAUAUUCUGGAGUAUCAGCCGUAUUGGAUCAUUACCAAACCCGGAUCCGGCUGACCUUGCAGAGUAUGUCAAGGCCGCAGCCAGCGAAAAGCCACAAGUCGACGAGGAGGCUGAAGCUCAGAGACCUCUGUAUCGUCGGCAAGCUCAAGAGUGGGCUGGACUCAACAUCGACCCAAAUGCCGAUCUCUUCAUCUUCAUAGGGAGAUGGUCAAAGCAGAAGGGCGUUGAUGUCAUCGCUGAUGUCUUCCCCUCAAUUCUCAAGAAGUAUCCUUCGUCUCAACUGAUCUGUAUUGGUCCUGUCAUCGACCUGUACGGCAAGUUUGCGGCUCUCAAGCUAGAGAAGAUGAUGAAAAUGUUUCCUGGUAGGGUAUAUUCCAAGCCAGAGUUCACUGCUAUCCCGCCGUACAUCCACAAGGGCGCAGAAUUUGCUCUAAUGCCCUCAAGAGACGAACCCUUUGGUCUUGUUGCGGUCGAGUUCGGUCGAAAGGGAGCCUUGUGCAUUGGUGCACGAGUGGGUGGCUUUGGUAAUAUGCCUGGCUGGUGGUUCCCGGUCGAGUCUAUGACCACGGAGCACAUGAUCAAGCAGUUCCAUCAUGCGAUUUUGAUCGCGAUGGCCUCCAAACCUGAAACUCGGAGAUCGAUGCGCGCAUGCUGUGUGACUCAACGAUUCCCCGUCCAAAAAUGGCUCCAAGAUCUGGAGAUUCUAUACUUGACGUCGAUCAAGAAGAGCUACAAGCAUGGAACGCCAAAGCCGUCAGCUAUAACGCGCCCCCUGCUGAGCCUGCGUUCCACUCCAAUGGGCAGUCCGAUGACCACACCAGCCCGAACCCCCUAUGGAAGAUCGCCUCUCGGCAGUCCUGGAAUGCUAACACCAGCAUCGGCGAGAAGCUUGUCCCGGAAUGCAAGCCCAACAAACAGCCGCCCUGGGUCAUCCCAAGGAGGAUCCCAAGCAGCAUCCCAAGCAGGAUGGUAUCAGUCUAUGGAUGCCACCUCGACCCCGACUUCGCCACACCUCCCUCCACAGUACGGCCGGAACUCACCAGACUCGGGCUACUUCAACUACGCUCCAGUUCCGGGUCAAAGCCGCGGUGAUUCGCCGCAUUGGCCGACAACGCCUUUGACACCCAGCGCGCUGUUCCCUCCAGCUACCAAUCAUCGACUCAGUGUCGGCUCUAUUCGUUCCAAGAGCGCCGGUCAGCAGAUGGAGAAGACGGCUCCAGUCUUCGACGAUCCGAAGAUGAGGUACUACCAAGCCUACUCAGAACUGCUGGAUGACCUGGCCGAGAAAGAUACGUCUUCGAAUCAAUUCGGGCCGCACAUCGAGGAUUGGCUGGUAAAGAGCGAGCAAGACUGGUUCGCCGGCUACCACAAUGCGUCCCUCGGCAUGAGCUCGACAAACUCGUCAACAACAUCCUUGCUCCACGGCAUGAAGUCCGAGAAAUCCAAAACCCCUAGAGCUUCUGCUUACGUGGCUCGAGUCAGAGACUCCCGCGAUGCAGCGGACUUCCGAGGUAUACUGGGUGACGACUAUGAAGUUCCGAAUGGCUUGAAGAAGUUCCUUUUGCAGAAAGCCGGCACCUGGCACUACUAUACAAUCUUACUCGCCCUGGGCCAAAUCCUCUGCGCCAAUCCCUACCAAUUGACUCUGCUAACCGGACAAAUCGGCGCACCUGCCAUCGAGCUUUACGUGCUGUGCACCAUCUACCUGGUCACCUCUGCUGGCUGGUGGAUACUCCAUCGCUACAUCCGACCGAUAUAUCUACUAUCCGCCCCCUUCUUUUUCUUCGGUUUCGCAUUCAUGAUGCUGGCCAUUAGCAGCGCCAGCAAAGACACCGAAGUCACGGGACGCCUGUACAACGUUGCCGCAGGGGCAUACACUUUCGGCUCGUCAGCCUACGCCCUUUUCUUUGCGCUCAACUUUGGCACUGAAGCCGGCAUGACCGCCGAUGUCUGGGCCUCACGCGCGGCCAUCAUGGCUGGACUCCAGCAGCUCCUCGUCGCCUUUCUCUGGUACUGGGGCUCCUUCCUCACGCAGACGACCAAGAGUGCCGACGCCGCCUCCGCGAUGGGCACAUCCAAGCUCCUUCUCGGCCUCGGCAUACCCUUUUCCCUCUUCCUCUGGGCCAUCGGCAUCGUCGUCUUCCUCGGCCUCCCCUCCUGCUACCGUCAACAACCGGGAAUCGUGCCCUCCUUCUACCGCUCCCUUCUCGGCCGUCCCUUGGUCCUCUGGUUCCUCGUCGCGGUCGUCCUCCAAACCUUCUUCCUCUCCACCAACUACCCGCGCAACUGGCUCUUCCUAUGGUCCUCCCCAUCCGCGCCGCGCUACGCCGUCGCACUCCUAACGUUUUUUUUCUUCGGCCCCUUCUGGCUCGCAAUCAUGGCCGUGCUGGGCCGCCUCACAAAGUCGCACGCCUGGAUCAUCCCCAUAUUCGCCGUCAGCCUCGGCGCCCCGCGCUGGUGCCAGAUGCUCUGGGCUCUUUCCGGCGUCGGCGCCCACAUCCCGUGGGCCGCCUCCCCGGCCCUGGGCUCGCUUUUGAGCCGCUGCGUCUGGCUCUGGCUGGGUGUCCUGGAUGCUCUGCAGGGCGUCGGCAUCGGUACCAUGCUACUCAUGAGUCUGACGCGCGUGCACACCUUGUUCACGCUCGUGCUCGCGCAAAUCGUGGGCGCGUUCACCACCAUGUUGGCCCGCAUGGUGGCGCCGCAUCGCACGGGGCCUAUGCCGGUGUUCCCGAACCCGGCUGCCGAUGGCGUGGGCUUAGGACCUUGGUUUUGGGUCGGGUUGCUGUGUCAAUUGCUGGUCUGUGUUGGAUUCCUCAAGGUACGCUGCCAUCCCCUGUUUGCUUAA